AAAAUUCCUAUAGUUAUUAUUAUUUAUCCAACCCAUCGGAAUAGGAACAAAGAAGAGAGAGAGAGAGCGCGCGCGAGCGAAACGAGGUAGAGAGAGAAAGGAAGGGAGAGAUGUUGGAGGAGAGGAAACGAACCCUAACCCUAUCUCCGAGCUUCAGGGAGGAGGAUGAAGAAGAAGAUGAGGGCGAUCGCGCGAUCUCCGCCGCCCAUCACGGCUCCCCCCAGCAGAUCUCCGCCGUUCCCGCCCUCCCGGGCGACUCCCGAGGCGAAGUCGGCGGCGGCUCCGGCGACGACGACGACUUCGAGUUCUCCUUCGCGAUCGCCGCCCCGGACUCCGCCGCCCCCGCGAUCACCGCCGACGAGAUCUUCUCCAACGGCCGGAUCCGCCCCGUCUACCCCGUCUUCGACCGCUCCCUCCUCCUCGGCGACGACGACGACGACGCCGAUCCGCCGCCCCCGUCGUCGUCCGCGGCGGCUGCAGCGACGGCGGGGCCGAGGCCGGGGGCGAGGCUGCCGCUGGGGCGGCUCCUGAUGGAGGAGCGGAACUCGUCGGUCGGGUCGAACUCCUCGUCGUCGUCGUCGGCGGCGUCGGAGCCGGGCGAGCUGGAGGGGGUCGCGCCGGAGACGUACUGCUUGUGGACGCCGGGGUCGGCGCCCAAUUCUCCGGCGCGGUGCCGGAAGAGCGGGUCGACGGGGUCGAUCGUGCGGUGGCGCCGGAUCAGCGAUCUCGUGAUCGGGCGCAGCCGCAGCGACGGGAAGGAGAAGUUCCUCUUCCUCCGAAACCCCAACCCUAACCCUAACCCCAACCCCAGCCCCGAACCCAAGGCGAAAGAGGCGAAAGAGGCGAAAGAGGCGAAGGGGAAGGAGAGGAAGGGCGGUAAGGUUACCGAGAUGGAUACGGUCACCGCCCACCGCGUAUUAUACUACGGAAAAGGCGCGAAGGGGGGUCGGAGAGCGUCGUUCCUUCCGUACAAGCAGGAUCUCGUCGGAAUAUUCGCCAAUGUGAACGGGGUUAGCCGAGCCCACCACCCUCUCUAAUUUUUGAAGGGGAAAAAAAAGAAAAAAAAAAACUUUAAAUUAUUACCCUGCUACUACUAUUAUAAUUAUUUUCCAUUUGUUUAUUAGCUGGAGAGCAUGUGGUGUCGGUGAAAGUAUACAUUUCCCUUCUUUUCUUUUUUUUUUCUUGUUUCUUUUUUUUUUUUAGGAUUCAGAUGCGUGGAAGAGACUGUUCAUAUUAGGAUCUUUUGGGCCUCAUAUAAUAAUAAUAAUAAUAAUAAUAGUGUAAUAAGGGUUUUGUAUAUAUAUAUUUGUGUGGAGUGAAUUAACUAAUCUGGGCUUUUGUGGAGUAUUAAUGAUUCGUGGAACUUGGAGUCCUCUUCUUUGUUGUAUAUGGAACUUCAUAUUGUAUUAAAAAUGGCGGCAAAUUUUGUAAUACAAUGCAUGAAUGAGUAUUGUUGCCAUAUUUUA